UGCCGGGAGCGGAUGUUAAUUAGCGGAGGAGACGUCAGCGGGGAAUAACCGGGCUAUGAGGUCCUGAGGAGGAGAAGUCGCCCGGCGGGCUGCCAUGGGCAUCGACCGGCGGCGGAGAGCCUCCCUGGCUCUCGCCCUCAACUUCCUCGCGCUGCUCCUGGCCGUGUCGGCGCUCACCACCAGCUACUGGUGCGAGGGCACGCGCAAGGUGGUGAAGCCGUUCUGCGCCGGCCCGGUGACCACCAGGCAGGCGUUCUGCAUCAUGUUCAACAGCUCCAACGUCAACGACACGCGGCUGGUGCAGUACAUAUGGGAGACCGGCGAGGACAAGUACGUGAUGAGGAAGUUCCACACCGGCAUCUGGUUCUCCUGCGAGCAGAACAUCAACAUGACCGGUGAAAAAUGCCGGAGUUUCAUUUAUGUGGCGCCGGCGAACGAACGAGGAGUGCUGUGGCUGUGCAUCGUGGCAGAGUGCCUGUACAUCCUGCUGCUGGCCACCGGGGGCAUCCUCAUGUCUUUAGAAGUUUGUCACAUCGGCAACGUCAUCGACGGCCUGAAGCUCAACGCCUUCGCCGCCAUCUUCACCGUGCUCUCAGGUCUGUUGGGUAUGGUGGCCCACAUGAUGUUCACCACAGCUUUCCAGCUGACCGUCAGUUUGGGUCCAGAGAACUGGAAACCUCAGACGUGGGACUACAGCUGGUCGUACAUACUGGCGUGGAGCUCCUUCACGGCCUGCAUGGCGUCCUCGGUCACCACCAUCAACCGCUACACCAAAACCAUCCUGGAGUUCAAACACAAGCGCAGGAACAUUGAGAAGAACCUGAAGAUCAAGCAGAAGCUGCUGGAGCUGGACUCUCCGGAGCAGGUGUGGGACAUGUACAUCAGCUCGGUGCCGAGCACCGCCGAGGAGCUGCUGGACCUGUCGACCAGCGGCCGCAAACUCUCCAACGCCUCCAUCUUCCUGGACCUCAACGACCUGCCCGACCCGCAAGGAGAGGAGUACUGCUAGAGGAACUAGCGAGGCGAUGGAUGUUACGAUGCAGUGUGAAUGCUGUAAAAAGGCUAGCUGACAGUUUGAACUUUUCUUUUCCGCCACACAACUUUGAUCGAUCGACUUCCGGCUCUGCUUUGCUCUCUGCCGGGUCCUUAUUGUGCUGAUUCUGCUGGUUUGAAUGACGAUUUAACUGGUCGGUCCAACCGUCUGGUCAACCUGAAUUUAACCGUGGCGUUAAUCCGUGGGUCUGUGUAGGUCUGUGUGGAUCUCACCAGCAGCAGAAACUGUGUGAUUUCCUUGUACUAAAACAUCAGCCCUGCUUUUCAAUGCCUGCUUUGAGAUGCUGUAUUUUCUAAUGUACGCGGAACAUAAAACAUAAUCUACGAUACAAAGUUGCACCGAAUCCUUGGCAGUUCCCAGGAUCCCAGAGAUGCUUUUCAUUUUUUCAUUUGAUUUGUUUUUGUGAAUCUGCUUUACCAAGCAGACUUUACUGAACUUGGUGUCGACGUGAAGCACAGCAACAAAAUCAAUCCACUCUGAAUCAAGACGGCGGCGCAGGGCCAUCGGUUCGCCCUGAGACCUUAUGAACAACUACAAAAUAAACAGUUGAGUCGUAAGUUAAAUGACGACAGAUUUCUUUAUUGAAGCUCUGAUUACUCAUGCUAACUAGCAAGAAACCUCACGAGCUGACAUGUAAACUUAUGUACAAAAUGUCUAUAUUUUCCACGCAAUUUAACAUAUGAAAACUAAUUGAUAGUUUUUUGGGGGGCUUUUAUUACAAGGAGUCAAUAUCGAUCAAUGCUUUGAAAGAUUUCUGUUGUUUUUAUCACAAUCAGAUGUUUUGCAAAAUGGAUCAAAUGUUAAUAUCAGGCGAGGUUAAUCAGAGACGGGUAAUCCAUUUUAAAAAAUGGAAAAAUACAAUUUAAAUCGGUCUGACCGUAAAUGAGACUUGUGAUUGAUCCAAGAAGUUCUGGCUCAGAAAUUGGAGGAAUGAUGUACCAUAAGUCUCGGCCAUCAUCGAGAUUCUUUGGGGAGCAAACAUGAGAGAGCAUUUUGUGUUCUUUUGAGUCAGGACUUGUUUUUUGUUUUGUUUUUUACAUCGGAAUCGUCCUGGAUGAGUAAUUGAAGCGUUCUCUGAGCAAUUUUGAAGUUCACCUGUGUUCUAGGAUUUCUCCGUUUUCUAUUCCAAAGCCUCAUCUACAGCUUUAUUGCUGACUUUCUGAUCUGUCUCAAAUAUUUCUAUACCAGUGAAUGAUUUGUUGCUUUUUCAUGCCGUCAGGCUGGUUGGAUUUAAGUGAUUUUCUGGAUCCCUCCGAUCAAUCAGUAAUGAGGUGGUCAGUAAAACUGGUUGGUUCAGAUAGCAAAUGAAAAAUUUACAUUAUUUUUUUGAUUGAUCAUCUGAAACUUUGAAGAACUCUGUGAAAGGGUAAACUAUAACGCCCUUGUAUCUAAGAUGUCUGGAACGCAACAUAAAUCCGGUUGAACCUCUUGACAAGUUGCUGAGUUCUUCAUAUUACUUUCCAGUAGCGAUGUUCGGCUGCUAGGCGUUGUUGCUACAAAGGAAAACGACUCCUUCAAUGUGGCUUAAUGACUGCCACGUUGUGGGACGAGAGUCACGAGAAGGAACAAAUUGGACAAAAGAUCAAUGAAUGAACUGACUCGAUCCCCGUCCCAGUAAACGCAACAUAACCCAACGCAAGCACACACAACUGACUGAUCGUUGGACUUCUCCAACCGAAGAAGUCAGUGACUCUUCACGGCUGCAGAUGCCGACUGCCAGUCUCUUCUUUCAGCAACUUACUUAACGUAUCUCUGAGAGACGAAUCACUGCCUUCUUUUCAAACGAACCAAAUGUAGUCGUCUGGACUGAGGGGGCGUAAGCAAUCUCCGAGAAGUGAACUGAAAGACUCUGCUCUUUCACUCUCUGACCCACGAGAGGCUGGAUUAAAGGGAGGCUGUGUGGAUGUGGAUGUGGGAUGCCUAAAGGAAACGCUGAGUGCCUUUACAUCCAGAAGCAUGUUUCCAACCUGCUGAACAAAGGGCAAAGUUUCUCCGACUAACCCCGAUUCCAAAGCAACGGGUGGCCAUCCGUACAAAUUGCCAAAACUUUUCCUCUUUCUAAGCUUUUCUGUUUGUACUUUAUGUCGACAAUGCAGAACUUGAUACUUUUAGUCCAGCAGCAUUUUAAGUGCAUUUUGACUAAGAUUCGAUUAUUUUUCUGCCAGCUGGGUUCAUAAGGCCAGAGGAUGAAUCUUUGGUCGUGAUUUGUGUUUCAUAUCUUACAGUAUUUACAGUCUCUUUGUGUGGUGUCUCUUUUGUGGGUGAUUAUUUGCGAGUUAUUAUAAUAUAAAGAUUUACUAACAGAUUUUAUUGAAAGAUAAGUGGGGGGUAAAAAAAGAAAAAGAAAGCAUAUAUCAUAAUAAAGAAUGUAAUGAAACUGUUUUUCAGAUGUUGAAUUUAAAGACCACAAGGUGGCAGUGUUGCCUUUGUAUUGGUGGUGAGCGAUUCCCCACCUCAACAAGAAGCAGGAGAGUUGUUAUGGAAUCAAACAAAAUCCAAUCAGUCCCCAAAUUAAAACCUUUA